UGAAAAUGAUAUUUUAAAUCCUUUGACAAUACUUUAACCGCUUAGGAUACUUUACCAGGCUAUGAUAACGCUUGUCAUGGCACCCUUUGUGGAGAUAUCCAUCCCGACAACGGCCGUCUCCAAUACUCCGAAAACCUACACGAUUUACAAUGUCGCAAUCCGCUUACCGCUCCGAUCAUUUACUAUUCAGAAGCGCUAUUCCGAUUUUACUUCACUUCACAGUUUGCUGAUAGAACAGACUUCCCUCCCUCCGCCCGCUCCUCUUCCUCCAAAGUCCUGGCUCUCCAAAACGACCACGAACGCUACAUUACUCGAAGAAAGGCGAAAAGGUCUAGAAGCAUAUCUUCAAAGCAUAAACAAAUCCGAAGACUCUCGAUGGCGUGACUCCAGUGCAUGGCGAAUGUUCCUCAACCUCCCUAGCGCAGCCCUGAGUAAUGCCCCUUCUCGUGCAUCAAGCUUACAUGCUGCCAUUACCGGUCCCGGUACAGCCCCAAUAACUGAUCCUACAACCUGGCUCGAUUGCCAUCGAGAUGUCAAAUCCCACCUACAUGAUGCAAGACUGCAUCUGACGAGAAGGGACCAGGAAUCUACGCCCCAAAAACAACAUGAGUGCUCCGCGCAAGCGAAGAGCAGCUUGGUUAAAACUGGCACGAUGCUCGGAGCACUCGAAAACGGGUUGAAGAAUCUCGGUGAUAAAUCUGGAUGGGGUGAGGCAAAGCUUGGCGAGGGAGAGCUACGGCGCAGAAAGGACCUGCUGGCAAGCGCCCAAAAGGAAAAAGAAGGCUUGGAGAACUUACUAAAUGCCAUGGCUACCAAGAGUAAAUUGGACUCUGCGGUGGCUUCAAUACAGGAUAAACAGGCGCUUAUUGGGAGUAGCCGGAAUAAACCGAAGGUUGGAAGAAUCCUAGGCAAGGAGACAGAGGAAACUAGGCAGUUGGAUAAUGAUGGCGUGCUACAGCUGCAGAAACAGAUUAUGGAGAAUCAGGAUGCUGGCAUUGAUGAGCUACGAAAGAUUGUGGCAAGACAAAAGGAGCUUGGUAUCGCGAUUAAUAACGAGCUCGAGGUUCAGAAUGCCAUGUUGAAUAUCAUUGAUGAGGAUGCUGAAAGAGUUGGGAGAAAGAUCCAGGUUGGAAGGAGACGAGCAGACAAGAUCUCGUAGUUCCUAAACUCUGUCUUACAUCCAGCAUUAUAUGCUUUCGAGUUCUUACCAUCCUGGUGAUUUCUUUAA